UGUGAUAUACAACUUCCUGAGUCUGUCUUUUGAGUACCUUGGAGGAGAAAGUGCCAUCAUGUCGGAAAUAAGAGGAAAGCCUAUUCAGUCUAGUUGCCUGUAUGGGACAUGCUGUUUGGUAGGAAUGAGUUACUCCAUUGGCUUCCUGAGAUUCUGCAAGCAGGCCACACUUCAGUUCUGUGUCGUGAAGCCCAUCAUGGCUGUCAUCACCAUCCUUCUGCAGGCUUUUGGCAAAUAUCACGAUGGAGAUUUUAAUGUAACGGGAGGUUACCUUUACAUCACCAUCAUCUACAACAUCUCUGUCAGUUGUGCUCUCUAUGCCCUCUUCCUCUUCUACUUCGCCACCAGUGACCUUCUGAGACCUUUUGAGCCUGUGCUCAAAUUCCUCACCAUCAAAUCAGUCAUCUUCCUCUCCUUCUGGCAAGGUAUGGUAUUGGCCAUUCUGGAGCGAUGUGGUGUGAUCCCAAAAGCUCUGGUCAUUGAUGGUCAUGAAGUGGGGGCUGGUUCAGUGGCAGCUGGUUGGCAGAACUUCAUCAUCUGCAUUGAAAUGUUCUUCGCCUCCAUUGCCCUCCGCUACGCAUUCACCUCCAGUGUGUACCGCGAGAAGAAGAGUGAAGCACCAGAGAAUGUAGCACCUAUGCACAGCAUAUCCAGUGGCCUGAAGGAGACCAUUAACCCUGGAGACAUGGUUCAGGAUGCAAUCCACAACUUCUCUCCAGCUUACCAACAGUACACACAGCAGUCCACCCAGGAAGUAGUGCAACCCAACAUGAAUGGCAAACCAGGGACCAGCACCUCCAAGAGUUCGAAGAAAUCUGAUAAAGUGAUGCUGAUCGACACGGAUGAUGAGUUCUAGUGCCCCGUCUGUCUUGAUCUAUCUAUUUAUUUAAUCGAUGAAACAAAUUUGACUCUUUAGAACUUUAAUGAGGACCCUAAUCAUGUAAAUCAGCUCAUGGUUUUUAAAUUUUUUUUAUUUUAAAGAGAGCUCAAUAAAGGGAUCUGAACCGUUUCCUGACAAGUAGACAACACCAAGCAGGGGUUGUUUUGUUUUCCUUGUCAUAGUCCUGGAGCUCAUCCUUUCCUGAUCCUACGUAGAUGGAGAGUCCCCUUCUCUUCUCUGACCCGUUCUGAAGCAUGGCGGAUAAACAUGAGGCACAGGGAGCUGUUCAGAUGGAAUGAAUCCGAGACCGACGCUUUAGGGAGCCAUUCUUGCAUCUGGUCGUUUGAAGUAUUUGCUCAGCAGCCCUCUGCUGGGUCUCAGGAUGAAUUGAACUGGUUCUCAGAGAUGCCCUGGCUUUGGAGAUCGCACUUCAAACUGUUGUCUGCUGCUCUUUGAAACCUUUGUAUCAAUCAUGCCACUCUGAGCACUGCCCCCACUUGAUUUGGAGGUUCAUUAAUUUUCACACCAGGCCUUCAAAGAGUGUGAGAUCUGAUGCAAAAAUGCAAGUCUCAGCCAUCAUGGUGUAUUUUAAUUGCAAAUCAUUUGUAUUCAAGAAUUAUUUGGUUGGUUAAAGCUUUAACCUGUGACAAGUGUAUAAUGGCACAGGUGUUACCGGGGCAUGUUAAUUUGUUAAUGUUAAAUUAUGUUGUUUGGUUCUCGUUCAAAGGCGGUUUGCCUAAAUUGUUUGUAAACAGUCCAACAUGAAAUGUAAUUUAGUUAAUUAUCAGACAAAGCUAUUGAAAUUGUUUUUUGUUUUUUUUUACUACAACUUACCACAAAGUAAGUCCUCGUCAGUACUUUCUAAACAGAGUUUAAAGUCUUGUCUUUUAAAGUUUUGUCUUGAUAGAGAAUUGUUUUCAAAAUGUUUGUUGAUGUAUUUGUAAAUCUACUCCUGUAGUUCAUUUGAUCACAUUUUGCAAAUAUUAUCAUCAAAGAUGUGGACUUCAAAAUGAAACAACCUGUUUUGUGAUUCAGUUGCUCUCUUCACUUUAUAGACAAAAUAAGUUGACUUGUUUUGUCUAUAAUGUGGCCAUGUAUGUCAUCUUUGUUAAAUGAAUGUUAAGAGGAAGCAUUAUGCGCGUAUGACUUGUGCCAGUGAUUGCUGCCUUACGUGUGUGUGUGUGUGUGUGUGUGUGUGUGUGUGUGUGUGUGUGUGCGCGCGCGCGAGAGAGAAUCAGAGUAUGAUCUAUAAACAGAUACUGAUAUUUUAGCUACCUGUACAGUUGGUUUUGACGACAAAAUCUGUUCUCAUAGAAAAUAAAUGAUGAAAGAGUGGAUUUUUUUUUCUCAAGACUUGUGAAUCAAACGAGGUUACAUGAGAAAAGCUUUAUUUAAAAGUACAAAACAAACACUGCAGACUUUGUACAGGAAUAAUUUACAACCUCAAAUUCAGCCAUAAUGGAAAAAAAUGAAGGAUUUCGUUUGUACAUGAGGGUAGCUAAUUAAAAAGAAAACAGAAGAAUGUAAAAAUAAUUUAGAUGUUGAAAAUAAAAAACAAAAUAAAUAUCAAAGAUCAAUGUGAUACAAGCAGAUUAAUGAUGAGAAUCAUGAAUAUGAUUAAUCUAAGCCUAUUUUUGCUGCCUUUCAUGGUGUCCGUAUUUACAAUUGCUCAUUUAUAUAUAGCACAAUUACGCCUACUAGACCUAUCAAACAGGCAAAUCUGUGGUUGCACAUGGAAAUAAGAUUUUACAAACAACCACGCCCAUUCAUACAGUACUUAAAUGAUGACAAGCUCAAUGUUAAAGGCACUAUUUUAACUACAAGUAACAUGACUACUUCCCCCAAUACCUUACAGUUUCAUCUUAACAUUGACAAAUAUAAAGUAAUAAUUUGGAGCAGCAUACUUUAUAUGUCAUGGAGUUUCUCUAAGAUUUUUAUAGGCAAGUGUGUUUUAAAGAGCAUUGGUUAAAAUUCCUAUGUGCGUUCAUGGUAUGGCAUAAAUAGCUUUUAAGGACUGACUGAGCACAUAUUAUAUACUUUGAAAAAUGGAUAUAUUCAUAUGUAAAAUACAGAAUAAUUUAUCCUAUUCAGCCCAAAAGGCCACAUACAGCAUACAUAAAAUUUUAAAAAGAGACAGAAAAAGUACCCACUUAGUUUAAAGACCAUUUUCACCAUCUGUGUUAGGAGGAACGCUUACUGCACAAAACUGCUUCAAAAUAGGGAAAUGUCUACAGGCCUCAGUCACAAGAUGACCUGUAAUGCCUCUGUCAGUACUGAUCUUGUUUUUAAUCUAAUUGAAUCUACACAAAUAACUACAACGAACUGGCCAAAAACACUGGCAUCCCUGUAAAAUUACAGAAUAGUUCUGUGAUGCCAUGUUCGGUUCUUAUUAGUCUGAAUUAGGGCAUUACGAUCUAGUUGCUAGAGGGUGUAGUAUUAUUUAACUCACAAUAAAAAUAUUAGUAAAAGAAUAGAAACGAAGUGAACUUUAAAGAAAGCACACAGAUUGGUUAUGGCUUUGGUGGCAGAUGAAAUGAACAAUAAAGCAAUGCCUCAAUAGUCCAAGAAAUGAUAGCUCUUGGUGUCAUCAACAUUCGAUCACAGCAUUUUGAAAAACAGAAAAGAACAAAUCACCACCAGAUGUCAGUGUAAUGCACAGAAAGAGCCAUUUUGUCAAUUUCUCUAAAAAAAAAAAUUGGUAUACUUGUAUACUCUUGUCACUGUAAUUCCAUAAAGAAGUGACACAUUGCACUCCCUACCAAGGGAAGUAAAUUCUGAUAAAUUCUAAUAUUAUGUAAUGUAUUAAGUCUUAGAGGAACAACACAAAUUGGCCACAACAUGACGAAUGGAAAAUUCCUGGGUUUUUUCACUCUAAAAGGCUUUUGUGGCCUAAAGGGAAAGCAUAGACAGCCAUUUAAAAACCCAUUAUGUCCAGAAAAGAGGAUCUGCCAACCAGAGCUGUGGUCACAUUUAAAAGAACUGCACAGGACGCGUUCACAAACAGAGGUUUGAAAUGCUGACUGUAGGACCAAAAACAAUGGCAAAUAAAUGAUGAAUACUGAAAUGACGUUCUUAAAUCUGCACUCUUAAAAUAAAGAUCCACAAUAUCAUCUGAACACUACCAUUCAGCAUAAAACUAAUAGUGUGUUGAGUUUAUGUACUAACAUAUAGGAAUUGAGAGUGGGACUUUCUUCUAUUGGACAUCUGAACUAAAACCAGUUAAAUAAACCACUGUAAUUAAAAAAAAGAAGUACAACAAUCACACCACUCUGAAGGUAUUUCAUGUCCUGGAUACAUAUAGAAACAAAUGGGAAACAUCAGAUCUAGAUUAUGUUUGGGGAUAAAGCAACAUAUAAAACACUUGUGGAGAUAUAAAAAUGCUAAGAGCACAACAGGACCCCAGAGAUUUGGGGCAAACAGUGGGCUUCCCAGCAGCACAACACCCCUCUAAUGCUUCCUGCAGUGGUGGAAGGGCUCACACGAACAGUCAUAGCCACUUAGGUAAGAGACAAUCCUGAUUUCAGCCAUCUUCAGUUUAAUGACAGAUUCGUUCAACCAAAUACAGACAGUGUGUUAAUGUUUUAGGGAUGAAUGUUUGAGCUGGUUUCAGGACACCAGGAUUCUCCUUACCCAAAGUGUCUGUGUCGAAAUAUCAAAUAUUUGCAUUUUAUGUACAUUUUAAUCAGGGUUACCAACACCGGCAGUGGCACCUUUUGUGACUUAGCAGUAGGAAUGCUUUCUGAGAGGACGGAAUUUUCUAUACGAAGUUGGGAGCUUAACUUUGACAUUAUUUUUUUUAAGAUUAAGGCUGUUAACUCAGUUCUGUAAUAUACAGGUUAUAACUGAACUGCAUUUUUUUUGUUUUGCCAAGACAGCUCCUGUUAUCACAAUAUCCAAUAUGGAUUACCUACCAUUUUAUGGUGUCGUAUAGACAGGUCAGGAAAAAUGGUAUAUAUAACUGACAACACAGAUGUGCCGCUUGGAUGUUAUCAUCAACACGUCACACUUUGACGAUAAUUAACUUUAUACUAACUAACCUCUCAUAAAACAAAUGCAACAAUAAAAAAGCCUCCAUGAAGUGUGCUUUCCUAGAAACUCAGUUACUCUGUAAUUUCAGUCUUGAAUAUUCACAUACGUCAGUCUGCUAUGCAAGUGCUUCAUAGUAUUAUACUGUAAUUCAACAGUUAAAAUAAGUGCCGUUUUCCCAUUUGGGGUUCCUAUGUUUAAACUGACUAAGAGAGGAUUGGCUCAUUUCCCAUUGGAUAAUAUACAUUGUUUAUCAGUAAUGUAACGCUUCAGGAUAAGGAUUUGCCCUUGAUGUCGAUAACAUCAUUCUCAACUUUGGACUGUGUUGGUCACCUGAUUUUUGACCAGGAUCAGAAUCGCUGGUCUUUCACAAUGAUUGGUAGCAAUGUAUUAUGAGUUUAUGCCAAUGUAUUUCAUGAUGCAAGACAGCAUCACAUAAACUGUCAAAAAACUGUUCCUGUUCAAAAGUUUGGGGUCGGUAAGAAUUCUUAUGCUUUUGCUCAGCAAGGCUACAUCUAUUUGAUCAAAAAUACAGUAAAAAAAACAUUCACAUAGUGGAAUAUUAUUACAAUU